CCUGAGCCGAAGGCAGACGCUUAACCGCUGUGCCACCCAGGCGCCCCUUGUUAUGCCAUAUUUUGAUACAAACUAAGAGUAAGAUAUAAUAGGGCAGUAUUAUCCAAAGUGUGGAUAUUAAUAGGUGUUAUGAAAAAAAUUUGGAAAUGCUGGAUUAAACAACAUUUGAACAGACUUCUUUCCUGUAGAACUUCUUAGAGCCUUUGAUUAAUAUACACCAAUGGGUGCCAUGAAACUCCAAGAAGGAAGAGAUCGCCUGUGACUUUUCCUAGACACUGCUUGUCUGGCAGAACAACCCUACGGACCUGCUGUUCACAGAACACACAUUGGGAAACCUUGAAAAGGAAAAUGAGUGCUUUCAGUACUAACUGUUGAUAUGAUUAAUUCUUUUAGGUUUCUUGAAGGUUAUUAGAGUCACUAUAUGGCAUAAAUUGAUAUAUUAAUAGCACCACCUUUACGUUUGGUUGUUGCCUUUAUCCUUAAAAAGAUUUGCCUUUGGAGAUAAGCAAUUAUGCAAAGAAGAUUAUUAAUUCAGAUAAUAAUUCAUAUCACUAAUUCUUAAGAAUUAAGAGGCAAAUAAUUCAGCCAAAGACUAGGUUUCGUGAUCCUCAUCAGAGCUUCCAUAGGAACAUACGCUUAAAAAAGAAACUAAGGAAAAACCAUUUUUUGUUUUUUCUCUCAUGAGUGCUUAUGGAAGACAACAUUCCAUUGGGAGCUGUGGGGUAAGUAAACCUUUCGAGUCAGAGAUCACAAGUCUGGGCCCCACAGGAUAGAUCUGGUCUGCACUUAGUUUGGUUUAGCUGUACAGUGGCUUUAACGUUUGCAUUCUUUCUCAAUAUUUUAAAAUCUUGAAGUUUCACAGAAAAAUCUGAAUUCUAGUUACUCUUGAAAAAUGGAAAAAUCUGACAAUACUUUCACAAAUGAUAACUACUUGCUGGAGCUGAGAAGUGUCUGCUUCCUUUAAAAGGAAUGUUUUACUCCAGUGUGUCUUUGCCUGCCUAACAACUGUUGUCCUGCUGGCUGAUAAAUUUAUGCUACCUGUCCAUCCCUAAGGACUUUUGGUUUUACGUGACCCCUGCUAUGAGGACAUGGCGUGGCUAAAGGACUAUGGGCCGUGCCUCUUUCUAGAGUGACCUUUUUAAGCAAAUGUGGUCAGGUUUCUCCAGGAAGGAGUGUUGGAAUCACUGUCAGGCUCAUUUAAGAGAAUUUUCACCAUGUCUGAUGAAGUCCCUAAACUUCCAACCCUCAGGAAUCAAGGCUUUUACUGCCCAGAGUAUAGCCUAUUUGACAACAUACUGAAGGAGUUGUUUCACACAUACACACAGUGAUCCCUAUAUAUGUAAAGGUGGUUUUGCUGGGGGAAGUUUAUAGUGAAUUAGAACAGAGCUCUAAUUUCAUCCAUUCUCAAAAAUAAACAUUAAAGAAAUGAAGAUAAUAAAAAAGCAGUUCUUUUAUUUGAAUUCCACCCCUUCCUACAGUGUAUUUGAGUCAGCUUAGAAAGCAUGGUAUUUAAAGAGUAGAAAAAUAUCUAUAUAUAUAAAUGAGGACCAGAAAAUAUAUUCAAGGAGUAAGUCAGAAAGAUAAAAUGUGGAUAUCAGGCCCCGAGGGCUGAGAAUAAACUUAGCAGAUGGAGAACAUGCCUUAUGUGAGAGUGGGCUUAUAUUUCAGAGAGAAACCAGAGCGUGACUGUAACUUCCCGGUGCAAACGGUACCACAAUAUUACUUUUUGCUUAGCCUGUAGAAUGUGCUGAUGUUGGCCUAUGUUGACAUUUCUCUGAUUCUGUAGUGGUGGGAGCUCUGAGGAGCUAUUUUCUGGUGGCAGCUGGGAAAUGCAGGUUCUGUGAAUAGGGUUUAAUCAUUACUGUCUCUUGAGUCUUCUUCCUGUAUUUUUACCUAAUCUAUAAUACACGAAUAGGCUAAGGGAAUGGGUUGUGUGUGAUGUAAUGAAGCAAGGGUGGGCGGGAGAAGAGGCAGUAAUGAAAGCUCUCAGCGGGAAGGUUUGAGAUCUUCUGCAGAGUUCUUUUGAGCAGCAGUAACCUACAGCUAUUAUAGAAGGCUGCAUUUUCUGUACUUCCAUUGAAAUGAAACCAGAACACCAUGGAUACUACAAGGGGGGCUAGUUUUCAUUUGUGAAACAAAGUGACCCGCAAUUAAAUUCAGUUAUCCUUAAGUGAUUGGAAUUGCCUUACCAGGUCCUGAAGCUGCCUUAAAUUAUCAUGGAUGAGACUGGAAGAAGAGAGGGCUCUGUGUAGAAAAAGAUAUGUCCUACUUUUUUGUUAUUGGUGACAUUAAAAUCUUUGUUCUUACAGUAUGAAGAAAUUAUGUUUUUAAUUAAAAAUUAGUAGUGGGCCCUCAUGAAGGGAUUUAGAAGUGGUGCUUUAUGGUGUUCAUGAAUCUGCCUUUGUGGAAAAUGUCAAGGGAACGGUAAUUUAGUCAAACAGACCAAAUGUUUCAAGGAAAGAACAAGGAUUUUUUUUUUUUCACAUGAUAAAGGUGGAGCAGAUGCUUAAAUGUUAGCAGAAUUACAAACAGGUCUAUGUUUUUAGGGUCUAGGGAAGAAAUGGAGAUUUUAUUGCUUCUCACUAACUGGUGAAGGCAACAGUGUUAUAAAUGGCAAAAAGUUAUGUGGGGGGUGGUGAACUUUGUAGCAUUCAUAAGGAAUGUGUGGACUGGCCAGUUCAAGAGUUGAUUUAAGAUGCUUUGAAACUGUAAUUGACAGAUUUACUACCUUUCAAAUGAGAGUGCUUCUAGAUAUAAGUCAAGUCACAUAAAAAAUCAUCUUAUGAGUUUUUUUUGCAUUAAGUGUUGACAGUUGGGCAAUGGGGAAAAUGAAGAAUUGUGUUGAUACUAAGGAAAUGAAAAUUCAUCUGUUUUGUUUCCUGUCCUGUUGGUGAGACUGGGAAAGGAGAAGCGUGUUCCCUAAAGAUAGAGGCUGGUUUCUCUGCUUCUACACCUAGCUCAUUUCCCAGCGCACCUGGCUGGCUGAGUGACUGGUUGAUUCUCAGGCAGUACUGACGCUCCCCUUUUGGUAUGGGAGGGGUUUUUUGUGGUUUUGUUUUAAGCUAUUCUUUGAUGAUUGAGUUAUGGAUUGAAAGGAAUAUGUUUAAAGGUUAUGAUUCUGAUGAAAUACCUUAUUUUUUGUAGGUAGGAAGUCAGAGUACCAGUGAAGAGAUAUUACCAAAUAGAAAGAAGUAUGUCCAUAAAGAUUUCUUUUUCUACUCUUUGAAAAGUAACUUCAAUUUCUAGGCUCACCUUUGUUUAACCAAACUUGUUUAGGAAAAUCAGAUAAAUCAAAAAUAGAUAACACUAUGUGCUUCAGUAUUUGAUAUUGCUGGUAAUUCCAUGCUAACCUGAUGAGUGUCGAUCUGUGUUAAACCAUAUUUCUGAAAGAUAAAUGUUUCAAUUUUAAGGGUUGAUAAAAAUUUAAAAGCCAGACGUAUAGAUAAUUUUUAGAAAAUAUUCCUAAUGUUCCUGUUCCCUUUCUUCAAGUGAGCUCUUAAAAAGCUAAUUGCUGAACUGUAACAGGUUAUAAACAGUCUAUCAUGUGUUAAAGUGGAUCUGAUUCAAAACCCCAAGUCUGUCUCUGAAAAACUUCCUUUUUUCAAAACCACAGGUGGUUUCUGAAGGUUUCAUAGUAUAUGGCUUUUAGAGUGUUGAGUAGAGUACCUGUAAGUAGAUUCCCCAAGUUCUGUUGAAAGGCACCUAAUGCAGAUAACAUAAAUUAAUAACUGGGAUUCUGUUUGGGUUAUGUAUGUUGUAAAAUGCACAAAUCAGUGGGUUUGUCUUUAGUCACCUUAUUCUCAUUUGGGGUUGAUGGAAAUGAAGUAAGGACCAAGUAAACGACUUUUUUUCAGGUGCAAAUUCGACCAUGGAACCUAAGUGACAGUGACUUUGUAAUGGAUGGUUCUCAGCCUUUGGACCCCAGAAAAACUAUCUUUGUUGGGGGAGUUCCACGACCCCUUCGAGCUGUUGAAUUGGCAAUGAUCAUGGACCGUUUGUACGGUGGUGUCUGCUAUGCUGGCAUCGAUACGGACCCAGAGCUGAAGUACCCCAAAGGUGCUGGCCGUGUGGCGUUCUCCAAUCAGCAGAGUUACAUUGCAGCCAUCAGUGCUCGCUUUGUGCAGCUCCAACACAACGACAUUGACAAACGGGUGGAAGUGAAGCCAUAUGUGCUGGAUGAUCAGAUGUGUGAUGAGUGCCAGGGCACGCGCUGUGGUGGGAAGUUUGCCCCGUUCUUCUGUGCCAACGUCACCUGUCUGCAGUAUUACUGCGAAUACUGCUGGGCGAGCAUACAUUCCCGCGCCGGGCGGGAGUUCCACAAACCGCUGGUGAAGGAGGGAGGCGACCGCCCUCGGCACGUCCCGUUCCGCUGGAGCUGAGCCCAGGGCAGACCCAGCCACAAGUACUGGAGUAGAUAACGAGGAGGGAAAAAGAGAGGGCACUGCCUCAGGGCUUACAGUGUUCUGGAAAUCUGUGCAUUCGUUCUCGAUUUUUAAAGAAGAAAUGGGUCUUUUUAUUAUUACUAUUAUUUACAGUCAUAUUACUGAACUCAGUGUCCAGUAUAAUGCAAAAUUGCAGAGUGUAUAACGGUACUGAUUUGCACUUUGAGUCACACCUUUGUCUGCUUGGUACCUUAAUUUCUUACACCUGAUUUGUCACUCGUAGACUGCCAUUCUCAUCAGCGGCCAUCAGGUUGAUGUCUGUGAUUUUGUUUGUUGUUUGUUGUUGUGUUGUUGUUGUUGUUGUUGUUCCGAUUGUUUUUGAACUGGAGCAUGCACUUAUUUUCAGAAACUUAGAGAGUUGCCCCUAGGAGAAGACUUACCAAAGGUAAUACUCGUGAGUAGGUGGCAGAUGUAGCAAAAACUUCACAACAGUUCAGCAAUCAUUAGUUGGGGUCAUUUAGAAUAAGGGUAACCCUUAAUGAAAAUAGGCCUUUAGUUUUCUAUUUGACAUGUAAGGAUACCUCAUAAGCUGAAUCUUUAUUUUUCCUUCAUGUUUGAUUUUUGUUUUGCUGAGGAUUUUGGUUAGAUCUUUUAGUGUUAUGUAAAUUUAUGCUGCAAUAGCUUUUGCUGCUAUUAAGAUGGUAUUAUUAAUACCAUAAUACUCUCUUCAGGCUAAGGUAUCAAUUUAAAGAAACCCAACAACACACGUUUGUGAUUUAGGGAUAGAAUCAGCUGCCGAAAGGAGAUCAGAAUAGACUACAGAAAGCUUCAACGGAAGGUCACUAUUUCUGACUGCAUGUUUACUUAAUCAGGUUGCUGCAUGCAAUAAAUUUUAUAUCCAAUGUCUAGUAUAAAACCUUCCCACAAUGCACAAAUUAAGAAUCUAUAUAAGCUAUAAAAUACUGAUUUUUUUAAAAGAGUUUUUUUCACUCAAAGAAUUGGUAAUUGACUGGAGGAAGGCAUGCCUCAAUAAAUGGAAUGCUUCUGAAAUUAGGAAGAGCCCAUAACAGAAUGACCUAUAUUACAACCAAUAUAAAACCUAGGUGUAGGAUAUUCUUAAAGCAAAUUUGUGGAUGGUAGAUGAAGUACUUUGCGGUGCUCUGUUAUAUAUUGUGCAAUUUAUUUUAUAUAGUAAAGUGAUUAUGUCUAACUGUGAUCAAACUUAACUGUUUAAAGCCUCUGUGUCAGACAUUAACGAACUUGACAGUUCAUAACUGGUAUAUUAUUAACUAACACAUGAGCUCUUAGUUACACUCUCCUAGUGCUUGCACCAUUUUACAUAGCUUCAGACCUUGUCCAGAAAACCAAAGAGCUCAUCUUAGCUUACAAACACUAGGAAUAUAUACAGUAUAUAGAGAUAAGUUGUCAGAUUGACAAACUAGGCACAUUUUAAGAAGGAUGCGGGGCGGUGAUGCUAAAGAAAUGUCUGUCCAAAACAAGAUGGCCUGGGCAGGGCUGGUUGUCUGAGUGAGAAAUUAAACUACUUAAUUCCCUGGAUUUAUCCUGUAAAGCUUGAAUAGAACUGAGACCUGCUAGAACCACCGUGGACAUUUUUUUAGCAUUCACUCCUGGGCUGCAGAUAGUAAUCUAUAGACACACACAGUGAUUGUGAGACUAUGUAAAUCUUUUUUUUUUUUAAUCUUCUUCCUAUGUUUUGGAAUUCUGGGGACAAUCUGACUGGAUAUGACACUGCAGAGUAGAUUUAAGUCGCUGUUUUAUGUGCUGUGAUGUCCUUGUCCUGUCUCUUAAGUUAAGACUGCUUGUUUUUGUUUUGUUUUGUUUCUCCAGUGUUUAGUUGCAAUUACCAGCUCUCAAACUAUAGUUUGUUUUCAAAAAG